CAGUUUGUCUGAUUUGACAGAUCAAAAACGCACUGUAAUUCUUCGUGAGCAUUUCAGAAAUAAAAAUUUGUUCUGAUUUAAAAAGUAUUGUUAACAAAAGAUUUCAUCGAAUAUUUAUAUUGUGUAAUUAAUAUCUAAUUGGAAAAUGGUUGCUCCCAAGAAAGACGAAAAGUCCACUGCUGAGGUGAAGAAAGAUUUGCCAAAGGAGACGCCGGAAAAAGAAGCAAAUAAAGAAACUAAAGAUGAAGGUAAGGAGCAAGAAUUAUCUGACGAAGAUCAACAAUUGCAAGAUGAACUGGAGAUGUUGGUUAAUCGUCUUCAAGAGUCCGAUAAGACACUAUAUUUGCCAGCGUUGGAAAUGCUGGCAAAACUGAUUCGUGCGUCCACUACAUCGAUGACCUCUGUCCCAAAACCUUUGAAAUUUAUGCGUCCACAUUACGAAGCUAUGAAAACAAUUUACAAGCAAAUGCCUGACGAAGGAACUCGUCAAUUGUGCGCUGACAUCAUUUCGGUGUUGUCUAUGACUAUGGGUAGUGGUAAAGAUUGUUUGGCUUACCGCUUUCUAUGCGAUCGUUCACAAAAAAUUGGUGACUGGGGACAUGAAUACGUACGUCAUUUGUCCGGCGAGAUAGCUUCACAUUAUCUGGAUACAUCCGGUGAAUUUCAAGCGCAACUAAUUGAGUUGGUAAAACAAAUUAUACCAUAUAAUAUGGAGCAUAAUGCUGAAGCAGAUGCUUGCGACUUAUUGAUCGAAAUUGAUCAUUUACAUUUAUUGCAAGAUUAUGUUGAUGAGUCUGCAUAUCCACGCGUUUGUUUAUAUUUACAAUCGUGCUAUCCAUAUGUACCCGAACCGGAUAAUACCAUUAUAUUGGAAACGGCAUUACAAUUGGCACGCAAAUUUAAUCAGCAUACCCAGGCCUUACGUUUGGCGUUAAUGCUAAAUGAUAUGGAUAAAAUUACUGAAAUAUUCAAGGAACCUAAAGAUCCAGCUGUACAAAAACAACUUGCUUUUAUGCUCGCACGUCAGCAAGUAUGCUUGGAAUUAGAUGAGUCUGUGCAGGAUUACGAUGAUCUUAUGGAAAUUAUGUCUAAUGCCAAUUUAAAUAAGCAUUUCUUGAAUUUGGCACGUGAACUUGAUAUCAUGGAAGCCAAGACACCAGAGGACAUUUACAAAUCUCAUUUGGAUAAUGCACGUACACGUUUUGCUUCUAUACAGGUUGAUUCAGCGAAGCAAAAUUUGGCAGCGAGUUUUGUGAAUGGAUUUGUAAAUGCUGGUUUUGGUGUGGACAAAUUGCUUUCGGAAGAUGGCAAUAAGUGGCUGUACAAGAAUAAAGAACACGGCAUGCUUUCAGCAACUGCUUCACUGGGUCUCAUUCUACUAUGGGACGUUGAUGGUGGUUUGACAAUGAUUGACAAAUAUCUCUACUCCACGGAUGAUUACAUCAAGUCGGGAGCUUUACUAGCUUGUGGCAUUGUUAAUUGUGGUAUCCGUAAUGAAGUUGAUCCUGCUCAUGCCCUGCUUUCCGACUAUAUUGAUAAUCAGAAUACAUCAAUGCGCAUAGGCGCUAUUCUUGGAUUGGGUAUUGCGUAUGCCGGCUCAAAUCGCAGUAUUGUCAUCGACACUUUGAAAACAGUAUUUGCCACAAAUGGUAAGAACGUUGCCAACGUAGAAGUCAUGGGCAUAGCUGCUUUAUCCUUGGGACUAAUAUCUGUUGGUUCAUGCAAUGCCGAAAUUACUGAAAUUUUAUUACAAACAAUAAUGGGUCUUUCAAAGACGGAUCUGAAGGAUACAUAUGCACGUUUCUUAUGGCUAGGCUUAGGUCUAUUGUACUUGGGUCGUCAGAAGGCCACUGAAGCUGUUAUGUUAACUUUGGAAGUAUUGGAUGAGCCAUACCGUUCGAUGGCCACUACUAUGGUCGAUAUUUGCGCCUACGCUGGCACGGGUAAUGUGUUAAAAAUACAACAACUGCUACACAUUUGCUCUGAUCAUUAUGAGUCUUCAAGCAAUGGUGCUGACGAAAAGGGCAAAAAAGACAAAAAUAAGGAAAAGGAUAAGGCUGAAAAGGAGAAAGAAAAUGAGAAGGAUCUAUCUGCUACUCAAGCUAUCGCAGUUUUGGGUAUAGCUUUGAUUGCAAUGGGCGAAGAUAUUGGUGCCGAGAUGGCUUUCCGCUCAUUUGGUAACUUACUACGGUAUUGUGAACCUUGCAUUCGUCGUGCUGUUCCCCUUGCUUUGGGUUUGAUCUCAGCUUCUAAUCCGAAAUUAAAUAUCUUGGAUACUUUAAGCAAAUUCUCGCAUGACAGCGAUGCCGAAGUUGCACAUAAUGCCAUUUUUGCUAUGGGUCUUAUAGGCGCCGGUACUAACAAUGCUCGCCUCGCUUCUAUGUUGCGUCAAUUGGCACAAUAUCAUUCAAAGGAUCCCAGCAAUUUAUUCAUGGUGCGUAUCGCACAAAGUCUUACACAUUUGGGUAAAGGAACAUUGACACUCAGUCCUUACCAUAGCGAUCGGCAGUUGAUGAACCCCAUGGCUGUGGCAGGUCUAAUGGCCACUCUGGUUUCACUGCUUGAUGUUAAAACAUUAAUAUUGGGCCGCUCACAUUAUCUACUCUACACUUUAGUGCCGGCAAUGCAGGCGCGUAUGUUGAUCACCUUCGACGAAGAACUAAAUCAAUUGCAAGUACCCGUACGCGUAGGUGUUGCUAUCGAUGUGGUCGGUCAGGCUGGCAAACCCAAAACUAUCACUGGUUUCCAAACUCAUACAACACCCGUGUUGUUGGCAAUGGGCGAACGUGCCGAAUUGGCCACAGAUGAGUAUAUUUCGCUUACGCCAGUUAUGGAAGGUUUUGUCAUUUUGAAGAAAAAUCCCAAUUUUGUCAAAUAAAAAAAAAGAAAAUGUAAUGUAAUUUCUAGAAACUACAUUUUAAUAAUACUUUCGCUAAAUAUAUCUUAUAAUUAAAAUAAAAACUUUAAAAAUUA